GUCCAAACUGACAAUGCUGGGGAGAUGAAGAUAGUGUGUAGCUGCUUCUGGACUCAAGGAGGAGGAGAGAGAUUCCGCGAGCCGACACCAUGCGAUCCAAGGCGAGGGCGAGGAAGCUAGCCAAAAGUGACGGCGACACUGUAAAUAACAUGCAUGAGCCCGACCCGGACCUGCUGGCUGGCGAGAGCGCGGAGUACGAGACAGAGGACAGCGUCGUGUCCCCCAUCCCCAUGGGGCCGCCGUCCCCCUUCCCCACCAGCGAGGACUUCACCCCCAAGGAGGGCUCGCCGUACGAAGCCCCCGUCUACAUUCCUGAGGACAUUCCCAUCCCGCCAGACUUUGAGCUCCGAGAGUCCUCCAUCCCAGGGGCAGGCCUGGGGAUCUGGGCCAAGAAGAGGAUGGAAAUCGGGGCGAGGUUUGGCCCUUACAUGGGGGCACCCCGGGCCACGUGGAAGGAGGCAGACUUUGGAUGGGAGCACAUGCUGACCGAUACAGAAGUGUCGUCCCAGGAGGGCUGCAUCCAAAAGAUCUCCGAAGACCUGAGCACUGAGAGGCUCUGCAUGGAUGCUGGUCAGGCAGGCUCCGGCAGCUGGCUCAAGUACAUCCGGGUGGCGUGCUCCUGCGAUGACCAGAACCUCACCAUGUGCCAGAUCAACGAGCAGAUUUAUUAUAAAGUCAUCAAGGACAUUGAGCCCGGGGAAGAACUGCUGGUGCACGUGAAGGAAGGCGCGUACUCCCUGGGGACGGUGCCCCCCAGUCUGGAUGAGGAGCCCACGUUCCGCUGUGACGCCUGUGACGAGCUCUUCCAGUCCAAGCCAGACCUGCGGCGACACAAGAAGUACGCAUGUGGCUCCGUGGGGGCCCCGCUCUAUGAGGGCCUGGGUGACGGGCUCAAGCCGGAGGGGCUCGGCGGCGGGGGCGGCGGCGAGCAGGCCCACGAGUGCAAGGACUGUGAGCGGAUGUUCCCCACCAAAUACAGCCUGGAGCAGCACAUGGUUGUGCACACAGAGGAGCGAGAGUACAAGUGUGACCAGUGUCCCAAGGCCUUCAACUGGAAGUCCAACCUCAUCCGCCACCAGAUGUCCCAUGACAAUGGCAAGCGCUUCGAGUGUGAGAACUGCGUGAAGGUGUUCACCGACCCCAGCAACCUGCAGCGCCACAUCCGCUCCCAGCACGUAGGAGCCCGGGCUCACGCCUGCCCCGACUGCGGGAAGACGUUCGCCACGUCCUCGGGCCUCAAGCAGCACAAGCACAUCCACAGCACCGUCAAACCUUUCAUAUGUGAGGUCUGCCACAAAUCCUACACGCAGUUCUCCAACCUGUGCCGGCACAAGAGGAUGCACGCCGACUGCCGCACGCAGAUCAAGUGCAAGGACUGCGGGCAGAUGUUCAGCACUACCUCCUCCCUCAACAAGCACCGACGUUUCUGUGAGGGCAAGAACCAUUACACGCCGGGCGGCAUCUUCGCCCCGGGCUUGCCCUUGACCCCCAGCCCCAUGAUGGACAAGGCGAAGCCCCCCCCCAACCUCAACCACGCCAGCCUGGGCUUCAACGAGUACUUCCCGUCCAGGCCGCACCCGGGCAGCCUGCCCUUCUCGGCAGCGCCCCCCGCCUUCCCUGCGCUCACUCCGGGCUUCCCGGGCCUCUUCCCUCCAUCCCUAUACCCCCGGCCACCUUUGCUACCUCCCACGCCGCUGCUCAAGAGCCCCCUGAACCACACCCAGGACGCCAAGCUCCCCAGCCCCCUGGGGAACCCGGCGCUGCCCCUCGUCUCUGCCGUGGGCAACAGUGGCCAGGGCGCCACAGCCGCCACGGGGCCUGAGGACACGUUCGAGCGUCGCCUGGGGGACUCCUACGCCGAGAAGCUCAAGACGAGGGGCAGCGACAUGUCAGACGGCAGUGACUUCGAGGAUGUCAACACCACGACGGGGACCGACCUGGACACGACCACAGGCUCGGGCUCGGACCUGGACAGCGACGCGGACAGCGACCGGGACAAGGCCAAGGACAAGAGCAAGGCAGCGGAGGGCAAGCCCGAGUGUGGGGGCGGCGGCGCAGCGCCCCCGGGGGCCCCGGACGGCGCGGGUGAGGUGCCAGUCUUCUUCCCGCCACACGCCUUCUUCCCGCCGCCCGACGAGCAGCUGCUGACGGCCCCGGGCGCCGCGGGCGACUCCAUCAAGGCCAUCGCCUCCAUCGCCGAGAAGUACUUCGGCCCCGGCCUCGUGGGCAUGCAGGAGAAGAAGCUGGGCUCGCUGCCCUACCACUCCGUCUUCCCCUUCCAGUUCCUGCCCAACUUCCCCCCGGCCCUCUGCCCCUUCGCGGACCGCUCCCUCGCCCACAACUUGCUGGUCAAGGCCGAGCCAAGGUCCCCCCGGGACGCCCUCAAGGGGGGCGGCCCCAGCGCCGAGUCCCCCUUCGACCUCACCACCAAACCAAAAGAGGCCAAGCCCAUGCUGCCCAUGCCCAAGGCACCCCCGGCCCCGGCGUCCGGUGAGGAGCAGCCGCUGGACCUGAGCAUUGGCAGCCGCGUCCGAGCCAGCCAGAACGGAGGGGGGCGGGAGCCCCGCAAGAACCACAUCUACGGGGAGCGCAAGCUGGGGGCCGGGGAGGGGCUGCCCAAGGCAUGUCCAGCGCAGCUGCCCCAGCAGCCGGCCCUGCACUACGCCAAGCCUUCACCCUUCUUCAUGGACCCCAUCUACAGCAGGGUAGAGAAGCGGAAGGUGACAGACCCCGUGGGAGUCCUGAAGGAGAAGUACCUGCGGCCGUCCCCGCUGCUCUUCCACCCCCAGAUGUCAGCCAUCGAGACCAUGACGGACAAGCUGGAGAGCUUCGCGGCCAUGAAGGCAGACUCGGGCAGCUCCCUGCAGCCCCUCCCCCACCACCCCUUCAACUUCCGGUCCCCGCCCCCCACGCUCUCGGACCCCAUCCUCAGGAAGGGCAAGGAGCGCUACACUUGCAGGUACUGUGGCAAGAUCUUCCCCCGAUCAGCAAACCUCACGAGACACCUGAGGACGCACACCGGGGAGCAGCCAUACAGGUGUAAGUACUGCGACCGGUCCUUCAGCAUCUCCUCCAACCUCCAGCGGCACGUACGGAACAUCCACAACAAGGAGAAGCCCUUCAGGUGCCACCUGUGUAACCGCUGCUUCGGGCAGCAGACCAACCUGGACCGGCACCUCAAGAAGCACGAGCACGAGCACGCUCCAGUGAGCCAGCACUCCGGGGUCCUCACGAACCACCUGGGGACCAGUGCCUCCUCCCCCACCUCUGAGUCAGACAACCAUGCACUUUUAGACGAGAAAGAAGACUCCUAUUUCUCUGAAAUCAGAAACUUUAUUGCCAAUAGUGAGAUGAACCAAGCAUCAACACGAACGGACAAACGGGGCGGCAGCCCAGGCCGAGGGCUUGGACGAGGCACUCAGCACCUCGGCUCGGAGGACCCCCAUGACCACGAAAGCAGGCUCUCUUCACAAGGGGUGAGGACAGUCGCAGGCCUUUUGGGGUCUGAGGACAACUCCCUCCCCUGUCACUCCAGGCCGGAGGUCCGGGACCGGGACGGCAGCUCGCAGUGUGCGGGCCUAGCCAGCGGGAAGCCGGAGGAUGCGGAGGAGGAAGAGGAGGAGGAACUGGAGGAGGAGGAGGAUGACAGUCUGGCGGGGAAGUCCCAGGACGACACCGUGUCCCCCACGCCUGAGCCCCAGGGGGCCUAUGAGGAUGAGGAGGACGAGGAGCCGCCCACCUCACUGGCCGUGGGCUUCGAACACACCCGAAGGUGUAUUGAGGAGCAACCAGGCGGCCUGUUAGCUUUGGAGCCGAUGCCGACUUUUGGGAAGGGGCUGGAUCUCCGCAGAGCAGCUGAGGAAGCGUUUGAAGUUAAAGAUGUGCUUAAUUCCACCUUAGAUUCUGAGACUUUAAAGCAGACACUGUACAGGCAGGCUAAGAACCAGGCGUAUGCAAUGAUGCUGUCCCUUUCCGAGGAAGCUCCUCUCCACACCUCCUCCCAGAGCCCUCUGGACGCUUGGUUGAACAUCACGGGAGCCACGCCGGAGUCCGGAGCCUUUAACCCCAUCAACCACCUCUGACGGGCCCAGGAGGGGCCGGGGUCAGAGUCCAAGCAAGGCGACCUCGGGGCCCCAUCGUCCCAACAGAAAUCCCGGCUGCGGAAUAUGGAGAAGGGAGCCUCGGGGAGCGGCGUGCCCUGGGCCAGGGAGACCCCCCCACUGCCCCGUCACCUGCGUUGACCACUCCUCAGCAUCCGUCCCCCCACACACACCAUGGUUCAGCUCUAACUUUUCCAGUGAAAACUCAGAGCCCAGGAGUCCCUGAGCCGUCCAGGAGGCCCACCGUCCAAGAAUUGGUCUUAAGAACAGCGUUCCGGAAGGGUACAGUGCACGGCCGGCCACGCCUCAUAGAACCAACCCAGUGGAUGAGGGUGGGAUUUUAAUCCCAGACUGAAUGAAGGCAGCGGGCCACUGGGGCAUCCGUGGGGUGUCUCAGAAAGGACCGGACAGACACGGGUGUGCUCUGCAAAGGGAGAUCACCCAGACGAUUUUUUAUAAUGAGAAUUACAAGAGUAACCCUUUUGGUAAUCUUAUUGACGACAGAGUCUAUUUAAGCAUGUGGUUUUAAAAAUAGACAGUAUUUUUUAAAAAAUCGAAAGAUGACUUGCAAAUUGUUUUUUAAAAGUAAUUUUGCAUUGCUUUCAAAUCUCCGCUUCUUUGCAAACCCAAACCUGCCUGGAAACUGGUACUGUGUCUGGGUGUGUUCUUUAUACUGUAGAUAACGGAGAAGUUUUCUAUCCCUGACCAUAUUUGUAAAGCCAACGUGAUCCUGGGUGCCCCCGAGCAGAAAUGAGGGGCCUGGGGCCCCCGCCUGCGAGCAGUUUCAAACUGUACGGUGGAACUCUCAGACAUGGUAUCCUGGGCUGGCCCAAGGCUGCGAGAGAGGCCUGUCGCACGCGUCCCACGUGUGCGGCAUGGGAUUCAUGCCUGUGGCCCCCACCAAGACCCCCCAAUUGUAUGGAGGAGGUGUGAGAGCGGUGGGCCAGGCACCCGACGCUCCUCCCGACAAGGUCCACGCAUCAGCCACACCCGUGCCGGCCCCCCAUGGCCGCUCUGUGGAAGGCAGGGCCCACCGGCUACUUCUCCAGCACCCCCCCCACCCACCCCCGUCAGACGGACAAGGGGAAGGAAGCGGUCAUCCCCCCCCUCCGUGGCCUCCGCGGGGCGCACUCUGCGGCUCACCUGCCCCAGGCCGCCGGGCUCUGCCUGCGUGAGACCCCGGCUCUGGGACAUGACCGCCACCUCUUUGUGCGGCUUCUUGGCAGGCCAGACCAGCUCCAGAACGGAAGGGCCUCCGGGUAGGACCUGCCUCCCGGGAAGCCAAGACCGCACGGCCCGGCCGGACGGCACCUCCUCAGGAUGGAUCUGCCUCUCCACUCGGAUGGGCUUUAAAUUAUUCCCAUAGGGGCCAAUUUCAAAUCAUAAUUUUUUUUCCCUGAUGGAAUUUACCUUAAUCUGUAUAUAACUUGUAAUUUUUUCUAAUUCAUUUCUUUUCUUAUUUUAUUUCUUCCUUAACAGUAUUUUGGCAUUAGACAUUCUUAUUGUGAAGGAAUAAUGUUAAUAUAAGUAUCUAGUGAAGGACCAAAACCGUGCAUAAGGUUGUGUGUUGUGUGAUCGAUAACCAGGGAGUGGGGAGGUUUUUAAUGUGCCAAAUACCCCCGCGCCCCCCGACGGAUCCUGCUGCCCGUUUCCAGACAAUCACGUGUUUUUGUUAAAUUAGAGUUUCAGUUACAUUUGCAUUUAAGACAAGUGUUCUAUUUAUUUCUUUUAUUGUUUGGAAGGAAAAAAGAAUAGCGUCCCAACCGGAAGAGAAAAAGAUCGUCCAAGUUGCCCUUGAAAAAGAAUGUAGAUGCAAGCGGCAGGGGUAGGCGGGGCGCCUGGGGACGGGGCUCCGGUGCACGAGCCCUGGGCACUGGCCCAGGGGCGGCAGGCCGGUCAGAGCAGCCGAGUCCCCGUGUCCCCGCCGCUCCAGGCCGGCGACAAUCGUGUGCUUCCGCGCUGGGAGAGCUGCGUGGGGAGGCCCCGAGGGUGCCACACCGCUGCGGGCCCCGGGGGAAGGGUUCUCCCCGCUCCUGGCCCACGGGAGGCAGCGAGACCGCACCCGGGCCUCUGCCACACACCCACAGGCUGGCAGGGCACCCUGCUCGAGGAAGAGCGGGCGAAGGCCCGUGGGCGAGGCUUUGCAAACACAGCCCCUCACCUCCUCGCGCGCAUCCACCCUGCCAGGGUCGCAGGUGCGGUGUGGGAUUUCCCCUCCACCCAGGUGGGACCCCUUUGCAGAGUCAACCUCAGAUACGAAUGCCCAUUUCUGUAAACCCAAAUUAUAUUUCUUCUGCUAAAGAAUAAGGUGUGUGCUUUUUUUUGCGAUAUGACUCUCUCUGCCUAAAAUAGGAAAUUUGGCCUGAGCACCAGGGUGGAGACUUGAGCGUCUGUUCUCCGUGGUCCCAGAACAGAUAAGGGACCGUGGCCGCCGCCUCUGGACUGCUCCGUGGGCUGUGGCCAUCCGUCAUUUCCGGCCAGCCGUGGCCGCAUCUUCUCUCUCCCUCCUUCCCAGAGCCCCACCUGCUCAUCUUCAGCCCUUACUUUUGUCCCCCUGAAAAUGAUUAGAGCUAGCCCCAUUUCUCCUGAACGUUCAGCCCCUUGGGCCCAAGCACUUGGCAGGUUUGGGGGGGUCUGUCCUUGGACCCCUGACAAAGGGAGCACUCAGUCCCCACCCUGGUGCCUCUCCCCACCCCCGCGUACAGCAAGCUGCCCUCCCUACUCUUCUCGGUCCCCAGGCUGCAGCACCAGCAUGGCCACUCAGGCCCAGCCUGGACCGUGGGGGCCAGGGGUCUUGGCGGCUAGAAUUCUGAGACCCCAGCCUCGGAGCUCGGCUGCAACAGGGCAAUCGCCUGGCUGACCACUGUGUCCCUGGGUGGUGGCCAGGGUCAACCUGUCAACCUGGGGCCCCACUGGGCCAGGGCCCUUCCGUCCAGCAUCAACGGCAUUCCUCCUUUGGACCGUUGAUCUUCCCAAAUGGAAAUUCAAAAGGAAGGCUCCCCGCUCCCCCCUCCACCGCCCCUCAGACCCCCGGCCCCCAGCAGACUGACACCAUCCCCCCACUGCUGCUCUCAUUCCUGGGACAACUGGGUAGGACGCAUGGAGCUGCCGAUCCUUUGGCCAGCCAGACCUUUCGUGAGUGGGACCCAGAGAUCCCCUGUUUUGAACCCAGGGGUGCAUGUUCCUGCAGCUGGCCUGGGACUCUGGGUUUGGAUCAGUGGGACAGGCUGAGCCCACAUGGCCUUCCUGUUCAAGGCCAGCACCUCCGCGGCCCAAGCCUGGCCCUGGAAACUCGCAGGACCCUCGGCCUUCUCUGUCCUAGCUGCUUCUUCAGUGAGCGUUCGCAAAGCCCUUGCCCAAAUACAUACCACCCGUUGGUAGCCUUAAAGCCUCAAAGCACUGGAUUGUGGCCCCCCAGCCCCCUGCCCUGUCCCCCUGCCCCCCAGCCCCCUGCCCAAGUGACUGAAAUCUACUGAGCUGUAUUCACUGUGCUGUCCUGGGGGAGAGGCGAGGGGGCAGCGCCACCCAGGAGAGUCGGGCACCUUGCGCCCCUCCCGGCUGGGGUCGCGAGGCUGUGGCCGCUCCUGGUCGGUGGAGGUCAGCCGGGUAUCAGAAGCCAUGAACCUGUCUCCGCAGCCGCGAGCGAUACUGUGACAAGACAUUCCUGCGUGAUUCCAGGAGCGUUCCUUUCCUCCUUGCAUUCCAGUUUGUUAUGUUCUUCCUUUCUGUCACCGAUUCAGAUUACCGUUUUGGGAAAAAAAUAAAAUAAAAACAAAAGGCAGCUUGAGUUUUCCAAAUGUGCAAUUCACUUGUGAGCAAAGUAAUUCCGGAGGUUUCUAUCGGUGUGUUUUAUAUCGUCGACGUUCCCGCAACGAGGGAAGCUGAGCUGAUGUUGGAGAGCAUCACGUAACGCGUACGUGUUUGCACCUGCUGGCAAGAAUCCCGAACCUGUGUAUCCACAUCUCCCUCUUGCCAUUGUUUCAGUACAGACUUGGUUCAGUUUGCUUUAGUUGUUUGGGUUUGUUUGUUUGUUUUUUUUCCUUUUAGAACUGUAUAGUGUUGAAAAAGAAAUCAAAUGUAAAUGUCAGGUUUUCAUAUAAUGUUUAAAAAAAAAAAAAAACCAUUGAGAAGGAGGCCGGUGUAUGUCCCAUGUCCCCCUGAUUGUAAAUUGCUUCUGUUAUAAGUAAACUGUGCAUGACUCGUGUUUAGCGGUCAUUAUCGUGUCUGUUUGUGAAAUUUUUAUGAAAAGGAAAAUUCGGUAGAUGCACUUGUUGAAUAUGUGAUUAGGGUCUACGUCCUCCAGACGAGGAGCUCUGAACUGCUUGCGCAACAAGCGUGACUCGUGAGCAACGUGGGCAUCACUGAAGGAGAGGAUGAAGUGCAAGCCACCCAGUGUAGGAAAUCAUCGCCUGAUUCUGCAGACUGCAUUUUGAUGCUUGUGAUAAAGACAGAUGUACUUGUGUAGAGAAGUGUCUUUAAGAUGAAGCCUAGGAGCAGCUGAUUUGAGGUUAAUGCUGUAGGAUAGGACUGUACACCAAAUGUAAUCUUUCCAAUGCGACAAUGAAUUUAUACAUGAGAUUGAUAUGCAAUAAAUCUGUGUGCUUUUCUAA